AUGAUCUCUGCCUUCACAAAACGCUUCAGCUUCUUUGCGGCGUCGACCGUGUUUCUACUACUCUUCUUGGUCAGCAGAGAGCAUUUACUUCCUCGUCAGCGAAUCAACCGGAAAUAUGACGCAGGUUGGACUCCAGAACUGCCUGCUGCUGCAGGUGCAGCAGAAGCUCUGUGCCGUGAACACAACUUCAAGCCAUAUCGCGCUGGCGCCACGACACAUCGAAAGGUCUACGACCUUUUUCUAAUCUCUCUCGAACUGGACUGGCUGGAGAUACGCCUCCAUACCUUGGCUCCAUAUGUCGACUACUUCGUCAUCGUCGAGUCAAACAUGACCUUCACAGGUCUUGCCAAGCCACUGUACCUGCGCGAGAACUGGUCGAGGUUUCGUGAUUUCCACCACAAGAUCAUCCACCGCGUAGUCCAAGAUCCUGGACCGCGCGUUGGUAACUCGAUAUGGGCGCACGAAGACUUUUUCAGGAAUGCCUUGCUACACAAUACCUUUCCCAGCUUGAUGUUCUCGGAAAUGGAAGCCAAAGAGGGCGAUGUGCUGAUCGUCGGCGACGUUGACGAGGUCCCCAAGCCGGAAACUAUUGCUGUGUUACGGAGCUGCGAGAUUCCAGAUCGGAUGACUUUGCGAAGUCACUUCUACUACUACUCUUUUCAAUGGCAGCGUGUCGGCGAACAAUGGGCUCAUCCUCAGGCCACCGUCUUCCACGGGUUAGCGAAAACACUCUCGCCGGUCGACUUACGCCACGGCAUUGGUGGCCAACGAUCACGAAUACCACUCUACUCUGCUUUCAUCCGGUGGUGGCAUAAAAUCGAUCUGUGGGAUGCAGCAUGGCAUUGCAGCUCGUGCUUCGCGACUGUGGCCGAGGUGCAAUCGGAAAUGGAGAGCUUCUCCCAUCCGGACCUAAAGACGUUGGACGAUAAGCGAGCCGACACAAGUCUCGAGCGCUUUCGUACCAAAAACAAUUUGUUCGGCAGACCAGGGCAGAGAUAUGAAAAGAUCAAGCAGAACAGAGAUGUUCCUCAAUAUAUCCUGGACAACAGCCAGCGCUUCAGCUAUUCCAGAUGCCGGACUCCAAAGCUAAGGCGUUGGCAGAUAUACAAUGAGAAAAUUGUGGACUCAAGGCUGUCGCGCUGGUUGUUUGAGCCUCUUACUCGUUCCGGGUUCCGGCAGAACGCUUGGAGCAGAGGCGCACCUUUAAGCGUCGUUCGUUGUACGCUCGAUAUGUUGCUGUGUGCUUGCAUGAAAGCGAUGGCAAGCAACGCAUGAGGCGAGCAAUGUUGGAAAGACGUGUGACGUUGUUAGUCUGGUUAGUUGCUUACCUUGUUGUAUGCUGCUAAAACUUGUUCACGGACGGAGUAUUGUAUCAGCCAGGCAGACCGUGCGUUGCGUCGAGCACCAGGUCGACAGCCAGCAUACGUGUGGGAUGCCAGCUCGUUACUAUCAGUGACGAGGCAGAAGACGAGUUAAAAAAGGAUGAAGACUGUAGUUGUAAAGAAUUUCCGAAAGCCGCCAACAAGGGCAGUAAUAAAACUAU